AUGCCAGGAAGGAGUACAUCUGUACGUCUUAUGCUUUUAACACUUGCUGUGAUGUCUUCUGUCGAGAACGGGGGAAUGACAUUAACAAGCCAAAGUAGAGGUAAGUGUAUACCAGUUUGUAGACUUUGUCUCUAUGCUUUAUGCUCCUUUGGGGAUCAUCGUCCACUGACCGUAAACCCUGACAAUAUGUCACUACAAUUGCAAACAAACAAAUGCAUUAAAUAAUUGUUCAAGGAGUGAUGGCUGGCCAGUGGCUUAAGGAUGGUUGAGCAUCGUGUGAAAUAGUAGUUCAACAUUUUCUAGAUUGAAAAGUUUAAUUUGGGUCCCCAAAAGGUAGGUUCCCAGGUGUUGCAGAACUGAACUCCCUCUGACAGUGUUAACUCUGCUGGGGAAUCACGGAUUCAUAGUUCUGUAACUGCUGGGGGUUCUACCUUUUGGGAACUCCUGCCCUAAUAUAUUCACCUUUUAUUAAAAACUACACUUGUUUAUUUUUUUCACUGAUAAAAACAAGCUAGAGUAUUUUGUAUGUGCUAACCUAUGCUUCUCAGAUAUAUUUUUAUUUACUCUCUGCUUCUAUUCAGACUAGGCAUACAAUCAUACCAAGCCACCUGAAUGUGUGUUAUACUAUCCACAGCCUCUCCACUCACCUACUACCCUAUCUGUAUGUUAUUUUCUAACGCUGAAACAAAACCAUAACAUUCUUGGUAUGUUUUUGAGAGUCUUAGAAGACAAGAUCUUUGAGGAUAACCCGUAACACAUUUUAUUUAGAAUUUUGGGAAUAUUUAAAUUUCAUGAAUAUAUUUGAAAAUAAAACAUUACCCAUAAUUUUAAUAUUUUUCAAGGUGGAAACACUAUCCCAUCAAUGGUUACACUUUGAAAUCUGAGAACUAUCUGUGUUUCACUUUUUGGGAUAUUUUAAUUUAAAACAUUUAAACAACUUAGAAUUAGAGUCAUAAGAAUAAAAGUUAUACAUGUUCUCAAACUGACAUUUUGAUUUAUUUUUACUUACCGAUAUUAGGACCUCAUUUAUAUUAAAUUUUGUAAAUCUGAGUUUGAUAGUGUUUAUAUUUUAUCCCAAAGAGUUCAAAAAAUUAUGAUUUAGUGAAUCAAUUCUUAAUUUAAACGAUUAUUAUGUUGAAUAAACCUCUUUCAAUUUGUUAAAUAGCAUCUCGAUGUGGAAAGGUCCUCUUGGCCAGCGAUAUAGUCAACCUCAAUAUGCUUUCUAGAAUUGUCGGGGGACGUCCAUCUGGUAAAGGCCAGCACCCAUGGACGGUAAAUCCAUAUGUUUGUAACCACUGAUUUUAUGUUAUGGGGUUAAACCAGUGUCCAGUGGAUCUGUUUGUCUAUGUAAUAAAGAGGACACGUCUAUGCAUUUAAAAGAAACCUGACGAAGGAGUCUUGUACUCUGAAACGCGCGUCGGGUUUUUUCUUUCAGGAUUUCCCUCCACUCACUUGAGCACUUCACUAUGCACGAGGGAAUCCGCUAUAUAUUUUCACUUUUGUUUCUUUCGUUAAGUUAAUGCUAACUCUUUAUGGAGCUUUGUUAGUGUAGGGGAAUUAGUUUAAGAGGACAGUAUUUAGUUAGAACACCCAUGAAGGUGUUAUGAGGAGAUAGUGGAUUAGAACAGUGGCGUUUACUUUCUGAGGGGAUUUUUUCUAAUUAUAUUACCUCAAUUACUGUCUAUAUCGCUAUCUAUUCCUAAUACAUAUCUCUCUCUAUACAGUUGACAAGCUACUCAUUUAUAGAGAUAUUGUCUUUCAUUUUACGCUAUACUGUCUCUCUCAUUACCCUGCACACUUAUCCAUAACAAGAUUUCAAGGAACUACAUGUAUUUCGUUUUCUUUGUGGGUCAUCCUAUGUGUGAUAUAUCUCAUUUUCUUCACAUUUAGUAUGCUUCAAUUGAGAUUUGGCCACUUAGUUUGAUCCACAUAGGAUCUGAGGGUUAAAAGCUUUUUUGGAGACACUGCUACAUUGUAUCCUCUCUACAGUAUAGUUAAUAAAGUUGCAGUGUGUUACUGCUUUUGUCAGGAUACUUUUUUACCAAGUGCCUCUUAUAUUAAAUAGAUGCUUUCCCUGUAGUUAUUAUCUCCUUUUCUGACACUUUAUAGGUAGUCUUUUGUAACAUUUGGCGUUCUCUUUUUACUAUCAUUACCAGACUAAUUGGGAGUUCCCCCUUUUUCUUUAGGGGACUUAUCCGAUUAUUGUGUUUUCGCUCUCCAAACCAAUUGGAAAAGACAGGGAGGGGGUGAUUGUGGGAGGCUCAUUAAUUAAGUUUUCCCUGCAAUGUCCCAAUAUGAGGGGUUAUCACAUCUACAUUGUUAAGUGAAAGAGCCUUUGAUUGUUCAAAUGUCAGAAUAAUUGGCAAAACACGCUUUGCUCUCUUCUCUGAAACGGGUCAUUACCAUUCCAAAAAAUAAAGGAUAUAUCAUUCUAAUGGUUUUCCUGGACAUUUUGGAGGCUCCCCUGCCACUGACCUAGAAUUUACCAGUGACCGGCCAAUUAAAACCAAUUUUAGAUAAAUUAAUACUACCUUUUUACAUAUUGUUAUAGCAUCAUUUGUAAAUAGCACCAUAGAUACUCAGACACAGCUUAAAAUAACGUUAAAGGCAAACUCUGGACACCAAUACAACUUUAAUGCGUUUGAUAGAUUUUGGCCUCAAUAAUAUGCUGUAUUUUUUUGCAUGCUCAAAUCUUUAUAGUUUUUGCACAAUAAAUAAAUACUCUGCAGAAGUAUGCACCAUUAGCAUGUCUCCUUAGCCAUGUCCCUCAUGCCAAGACUUCCUUAUCCGUCUCAACCCCAAAGCACUGAGUGAGACGCUUUUAAGUCACAUUCUGGGAGCAGAAGGUCAGAGGAACUACAAACCGCUAAACACUUCCUUACUAUAUGCCUCCCUGGGUAUCCUCUCCUUCUAAGGCAGCUUGCCUCGUAGUUCAGGUUUUUCAAUACUGUCAGUAGCUGAGCUGUGUGGAUAAGGAAGUCUAAGUGAGGGACGUGGCUAAGGAGGCAUGCUUAUGGUGAAGCAUUCUGCAAAACAUUUUAUUUAUUUUAUACAAAAUCUAUAAAUAUUUGAACAUGCAAGAAAAAUACAGCGUAUUAAUAAGACCAAAACCCAUCAAAUGCAUUAAAGUAGUAGUGGUGUCUGGAGUGCCCAUUUAAAGCUCAGUAUGGGCAUAUUUUACUCUCAUUAACUCUCUCAGCACUAAAUCACCGAAAACUGAACAUUUUCUCAGGCUUUCCUGCAGCCAGUGUCUAGGCGAGGGAGGGUAUAUCAGUUUUAGAUUUCUAAGCUCUAUUAGGACAUUUCAACCGUACCUAUUUCUUUAUAGUAUGUUAGGUUAACUAUACACUCAUUAACAAUUGACCUACAUAUAGUAACAAUUUAUUAUCAUUUUAUUAUUAUUAUAUUUCUCAUAACUAAGCCAGAUAACUGAAAAUUAGCUAUGGUUUGUGGCAUUGUGCUAUAUUUUGUGUUUAGUUUAGCUUUUUAUUUAUAUUUUCAGGCAUGGCAUGUUAAGUAAAUUAGCACCUCGAGUUAAGCAGCAUUCUCUGUCAAAGAUGUGAUGGCUGAACACACAAUCAAUCAGCACCAUGAGACCUGUUGUGUGUUGUGAAAAGUGGCAAUGCAGCAUUUUAAAGCCAUAAGUAAACAUUUUAAACCAGAUUAGAUUUUAAAAUGUUAAGCUCUGGUCAAUAGUAUAACAAGUUCCAGUGACACAGGUUUAAAUGGUUACUCCAAUAAAAACAAAACAGUGUUUUCAUGAGGCCAAGUUCUUCCUGCAGCCCAAUCCCACAUGCCUGGCAUCACUUCACCUCACUGAUAGAGGCAUCUCGAGGCUUUUGCAAAGAACUGACAUUAGACAGCCUGGAACUUUGCUCAAGGGCUAGCUACAAAUGCUGCUGGAGGGGACGUUUGGAAUUUCAAAGUGCAAGAUAAUGCAUCUUGGACGUAAAAACCCAAGGGCAGAGUACAGAAUAUUUCAUAAAGUCCUAACCUCAACAUCUGAGGAAAGGGAUUUAGGGGUGAUUAUUUCGGAUGACUUAAAGGUAGUCAGAUAAUGUAAUAGAGCAGCAGGAAAUGCUAGCAGAAUGCUUGGUUGUAUAGGGAGAGGUAUUAGCAGUAGAAAGAGGGAAGUGCUCAUGCCAUUGUACAGAACACUGGUGAGACCUCACUUGGAGUAUUGUACACAGUACUGGAGACCGUAUCUUCAGAAGGAUAUUGAUACCUUAGAGAGGGUUCAGAGAAGGGCUACUAAACUGGUUCAUGGAUUGUGGGAUAAAACUUACCAGGAAAGGUUAAAGGAUCUUAACAUGUAUAGCUUGGAGGAAAGACGAGACAGGGGGGAUAUGAUAGAAACAUUUAAAUAUAUAAAGGGAAUCAACACAGUAAAGGAGGAGACUAUAUUUAAAAGAAGAAAAACUACCACAACAAGAGGACAUAGUCUUAAAUUAGAGGGACAAAGGUUUAAAAAUAUCAGGAAGGAUUACUUUACUGAGAGGGUAGUGGAUGCAUGGAAUAGCUUUCCAGCUGAAGUGGUAGAGUUUAACACAGUGAAUAAGUGGUCCUUGUCCUUGGAGUAACCCUUCAAAUUAAGUUAUAUUUGACAACAAAAUGAACUGUUUGCAGUAAUAUGUAAAUUAAUUAAAUAAGGCAUUCCAGUAUUUUUUGAAAAACUUUUUGGGAUUAAUUUUAAUGCAAAACAUAUAUUAUAAUAGUAAUAUACUGGCUCAUGAGAACCAUUAAAAAUCUAUUAAUAAAAAAACCUUUUCAGGUUUCUUUAAAACGUAAGGCGAAUCACUUCUGCGGAGGGACCAUCGUCACUUCGACCCAGAUAAUUACAGCGGCUCAUUGUGUGACAGACAGGUAAACUCUAAGAAUUUUAUUUCAUUCAUGAGUUUAACAUGAUGUUCCCGCCUGCAGGUUUACGUUGUUGUCUUUAUAUAUCUAUGUAUUUACAUUGCAGGAUCCUCUCUAAGCACAAAAUCCUUAUGUAUAGAAUAGUAGAAUUAAUAGCUAAAAAACAGAACCAGUCCAAAAACAAAACAUUAAUUGACAUCUAUGUGAUCUUCAAAGGGUUCAAUUCUUUAAAGGACCACUAUAGUGCCAGGAAAACAAACCCGUUUUCCUGGCACUAUAGUGUUAAUAGGUCCCCCCCACCCUCAUGAAACCCCUCCCACUGUGCUGAAAUGGGAGGAAGGAGUUAAAAUCUUACCUUUCUCCAGCGCCGGGCCAGCUUGGCACUGGGGACUCUCCUCCCUCUUCCGACGUCAUCGGCUGAAUGCGCAUGCGCGGCAAGAGCCAUGCACGCAUUCAGUCAGUACAUAGGAAAGGAUUUCUCACUGCUUUCCUAUGAACGCUGGUGUCUUCUCACUGUGAAAAUCAUUACAAAUGGAUUAACCCAUUUGUAAACAUAGCAGUUUCUCUGAAACUGCUAUGUUUACAGCUGCAGGGUUAACCCUAGAGGAACCUGGCACCCAGACCACUUCAUUGAGCUGAAGUGGUCUGGGUGCCUGUAGUGGUUCUUUAAUACAACUCAUAUGAGCCUAUUCUAUUUUUCUCUCUCUCUUUUUUUUUAUAUAUAUAAUUAUCUUUUCCCUGUUGGAGUAUUUUAUUUUAUUAACUGCUUCAUUACCAAGUACUUUCUAUCAAAAAAAUAAAUAAACUGCAGAAGCUUUUUGUGCAGCAAACGAUACACAGCUUGCAAAUAAAUGUAGGAUACAAAUUAUAUUUCUUAUAUAGAUUGCUGUUCUGGGAUACUAAAUAAAAUGUACAUGUUUGUAAAUGUACUCCAUUUUAAUCCUUCAUUUAUCCAUUUUUUUCCCAUUUCUUUAAUCCACUUAAUAGUAAAUUGGAGUGGAUUGAAAAGGAAGCAGUCAAUGUUAAGCUAAAAUAGCCAGGUAGAAUUUAUAGCCGAGUUGGAGAAUUUGGCCGAAUUAUUGCUUUUAAGCUAAUUUUUACAUUUCAGUUUUCAAUUCACUAUAAUACUGUGUCUAGUGAAUUAACCCUUUUAUGAAGAGCAUUGUUACAAUGACUAGCAAGAUGGUUGCGCCAUAAUUUUGAAAAUUUACAAAUGUAAAUGGAAAGAGAAUGUAAGAUUAGACUACGAGUGAGUUGGAGAUUUUUUUCCAGAUUAGCCCUUUUUGCUUAAAUUUUUGCUCUUCGGUUUAAAUUUUUGUCAUUUCAGAGUUUAGUGAAUAAGCCAAAACCAAGAGUUUAUUAUAACACUGAGAACCGACAACUCACGUAGCUUGCCUUUUUAAUGCGUUUCCGCUCAGGAUGAUUCCAUCCACAAGGGCAGUCUAAAUCUGAUUUGAUGGCAUGUUCCUCUGCAUGGGAGAUACAGCAACCUCAGAGUAUCAUUUCACCUUCAUUGGGCCUGGUGAUUGAGGUGUAGCUGAUACCCCUGUAGACACAGUUAGCAUCUGGGGUUCCAUUUCUAGACAUUGUGGCCUUGAUUUAAUAUUUUUGAUACACUUUUCAAAAGAUUCCAUUAGACUUGUAGACGUAUUGUGAUCAUUUGAAAGACUGCAUGCAAAAAUGUUAAACCGAGGCCAAUGUUAGUGUUGAGUUUGAAAGACACGACAAACAAUCUAGGUCUGGGAAUAUGUUUCAGCGUUAUUUGAUUUGUUGGUAUGCUUAAUACAUAGUUCAGCUAGUAAUGGGAAUCCUUUGGAUGCACAGUAGACCAUUUAAGUUGCAAUUUAUCAUUUCUUCUUUCAUAUUCACAGAAAUGCAGUGACGUACAUAGAAGUUUACGUUGGAGACCAGGAUUUCACAGUCACUGAACCAGCACAAAAGAUAUUUUCCCUCAAAUCUAUAAAGUCGCACCCACAGUUCAAUCCGGGCAAACCAAUCAACUUUGAUAUUGCAAUUCUUGAGCUGAAUGGCCAAAUAACUUUUGGUAACUGAGUAAACAGACUUCAAUAGCAAUUAAUUAGAUAAUGCGAGAAGAAAAAAAAAAUAACUUAAAAUUAUGUCAAUACAAUAUACCACUUGAACUGGACAGGGCAAUUGAAGAGUUUUGAAGAGUUAUAUAGUCAAAUAGGCUGAACAGAGACAUGCACCCGUCAAGUCCAGCGUUCCUCACAUUUGUUUUUUGCUGUUGAUCCAAAAGAAGGCAAAAAAACCCCCAAAAAACACACAGUUUGAAGCACUUCCAAUUUUGCAACAAACUAGGAACAAAAUUCCUUCUUGACCCCAAAAUGGCAGUCAGCUUAACAUUGGAUCAAGAAGCUGUUACCCUACAUUUAAAAAUUUUAUAAUUGAAUAUUAUGUUUUUGCAAGUAUGCAUCUAGUUGCUGUUGAAGCAUCUAUAUGGACAAGGCUACUAUUUAAUUACCAAAGUAGUCCUAUAAGACAGUGUUACAUAAAGGUACACUCCAAGCACCAUAGCCCUUACAGCUCACUGUAGUUGUUAUGGUGCCAGGAGUACCAUGGCGUUCCCUAAUGUAAGUAGUCAAACUGUUUUUGAAAGGUUUGACUUCUUACCUGGGGUCCAUUGGGUGCUUCUCCUUGCCACCACGUUUAAUGUAAAUAAAUAUCUUCUGUUAGUCCUCCUGAGCUAAGCCCAGCAGUGCAGUUCAUCAAUUGAGAGCAUUCGUUGAUCACUCUCACCCAGCCAGCGAAGCCUUGCUACCAGCUCUCCGUUGCUAGUAGGGGAGGCGGGGAGCAGCGCCCACUCCCCAGAUAAGAAUCAAACCGUUCAAAAACAGCUUUAAUACUUACAAUGGCAUUGUGCUUGGGAACUCCUGCGACCACAGCCGCCAAAUGUACUUACAAUGAGCUUGAACAUUUGUUCAAUUUUAAAAUGUCACUGAUCCAUUCUUCAUGUAUUAGUAAUAUAUGAUUAAUUAUGAAAAAUGCAUUCAACAGAUUAGGAGACCUGCCGUAUGCCACACGGUGCUAUUUAUUCAUAUAUUAAUCCAUUUACCUCCCAGUAAAUGUCUGUCUACUCUGUAUAUAAGUAUGCCUCAUUACCCUGGGAGAGUGUCUCCUGCUUCGCUGUAUUUCUGAGAAAAUAUUCUUUAGUCUCCUUUCUGACCCAAGGCCCCGUGGUUCUGGUCACCAGCUAUCUACCUGCAUGCUAUGUCUUCCGGCACUGCACUACAUUGCUGGAUAAGGGCGAUGAAAGUUGACAAAAAGAUAUGAAACAUGGACUGCCAGUGACUAAGUAUUCAUGAUUCUGUGCUGUUCUGUCAACCUCUGUGUUUUUUUUUUUUGUUCCACCAGAUGAUAAAAUACAGCCAGCCUGUCUACCAACCCCAGAUGAGGCGUUUCGGCCUGGUUUAUUGUGUGUUGCUCUUGGAUGGGGGCGUUUGCAAGAAAGUAAGCUUAUAUCAAACCUUAAACCAAACUUCAAUGAUCCCCAUGACCUGUGAUACAGCACACGUGUCUCUAUCCGUGUGACGUCAAAGCCAUGUUAUCGUAUUGCAUCAUUUGAUAAGAACUCCAAGCGUUUCUUUUAUGGGAUUCCAAAGACAGAAAUAGCUAGAGAGAAGGAUGGGGCUUAACCCCUACAGAAGGAACCCCCAGGGCAUUCACAUUAAAACUCAACUUUUAUUAAAUCAUUUAAAAAUUCAAUAUAUAAUGAAAGUAGCUGCUACAAUCAUCUAAAAAAAGUAUAAGGUCUAUAAACAUAUAAAAGACAUCCAAAAUGAUUCACCCUCAAAAAUCAAUUAAAUUGAAUUUAUGAGAUAUUUAAUAAAUGUUAAGUUUUCAUAUUUGUGGCCUGGGUAGUACCCAUAUUUAAAAUCCAUUUUGAUGGACUCUCAGCUCGAAUUUACACUGGAAAAGAGUCCUAAUUAUCGUGACCUCAACAACAGAGCUGGUAAUUAUUUAACUUUUUUUUUUUUUACCUUCCUUCCAGGUGGUAGGAUCCCUUCCAUAUUAUAUGAGGUUUCCUUGCCUGUCAUCGAGCCCACGACGUGUACAGCUGUGAUGACAACUCUAAAAGGAUCCUUGAAGUUUGAAACUAUUUUAUGUGCAGGGUUCCCCGAUGGAGGAAAGGAUGCAUGUCAGGUCUGUAUUGGAUGGCCGCUUGUCUUUGUAUAGAAAAUAGUCAUAGCAUGCAGUUUUAACCCCUUAAGGACACGUGAUGGAAAUUGUAUGAAGCUGGGUCCGUAAGGGAUUAAUAAUGCCCACAUUAUUUAUAAUGGUCCUGUAUAUAAUACUGUCAAAAUAUUUAGUUGGAAAAGAUACAUCUGUCCAUUUCUGCUACCCUUUGGAAUGUAGAUAUUACUAUCACCCCACUUAAUGGUGCUUCUUUAAUUGACCUUGAAAUGAUAAAAGGUCUGAACUGACCUUGCCAAAAACUGAACUUGUAACUCUGAGAUAGUCCAGGGGUUGGGGCUCCAGAUGCACUCUCUCACUGCAAUAAGUGGUGUUGUUAACUGCCGACAUGCAAUAUUUGCACUUCCUCCUUUAUUAUAGGAUUAACAGAGAAUUAAAGUUGAAGUAACUCAUUUACAAACAUCUGUUUUUGUGUAUUUUUCUCAUUCAUUCAAAGGGAUUUAAUUAUGUCUAUAUUUUAGCACCAUGUUUAUAAUUAUUACUAGAAAGGGGCUAUUGAAGGACAUGGUAGCCAAAUUAAGGGGGAAACGAAGUCCUACUCAUUGUAACUUAGGUAACUUAAUUUUCUGGAUUAUCCUAUUGUUAAAUUUUUCACCAGCGCAAGAUACAGUCACCUCAUGCCUCCCUUGCUUGUGGAUCACCUUUUGACAACACUAUAGAUUAACCUGUUGUACAUUAAGACUAAGCCAUCUGUGUUUAAUUCUUACACUUCAGGAUAUGAACUCCAGUGGUAGAAACACAAUAUAAUACUCUGUAGACCGGCUAAUACACUGAGAUGUGUCUUUCUAUUGUAACAAAUGUCUAUAGCUUAUUGCUAUGCUGUGCUCAGUCAUGGAUCUUGCAGAUGUUCGUAUUCAUCUAGAUCACAAAAAAUUAUUUAGAAGUUCUGCAUUGGGAGAUGUGCAUUACCCUAUCUGGGUUUCUCCAUUGGUUUGAUAAUUUGUCCAUCGGUUUGGUAUUAUUUUAUGGCUUCACUAUGACAGAUUAUGUUCUGUUUUUUUAUAUUUACAUGACUAUUUGCAUUGGCUUUAUAGACCAACAUGUUCUUAAAAUGAACCUACAUCUCUUUGUUAAAGGAAUGUUAUUUGUAUACACUGUGUUUGUACGUGCACACGUUGUUGUACGUUCCCCCCUUUUUUUUUGUUAUUUUUUUUAAACUUUCAAUAAAAAUUGGACAUAUUGAAAUAAAGUUAUGCAAUCUAACCCAAGUAGCUCUGAUUUACAGUUAACAAGGUUCCCACUUUCUGAAGAAUAAAAAUGUUAACCAGGAGAUUGCUGAGUUCAUUUUAUCAUUACCAGAUUUGUAUCAACUCUCUAAGUGGUCCUCGAGUUUUGUCUUGGUUUACCUGUUUCCUUAUCACUCAAAUUAGAGACUUCCCAACUGUUGCAAAUGUUACCCACCCAUCCAUCCAUGCAUCCACCAACACACACAUCCUCCAACACACCCAACCUCCCACACACACAUCUAUCCUUCUUUCUAUCCAUCUCUAUUUAUCUUUUCCCAGUGCCACAAGUCUCCUUAAAAAAAUAUGUUAAAGUUAUCAUCAUUUCAUCCAUGGAAAAUGUAUGUUGCAUUGCAGGGUGACUCAGGAGGCCCCCUGGUGUGCCAACGAAGCCAAGGAAGCUGGGUUUUAGCUGGUGUUACUUCUUGGGGAAUGGGAUGUGGCCGUAAGUGGAAAAACAAUGCCUCCAUGAAGGUUGGCAAGAGAGGAUCACCAGGGAUCUUCACAGAUCUUCGGAAAGUGCUCCGCUGGGUCUUAGUGAAUCUUAACCAAGGUAAAAGUGCCUCUCAGGCACUAAAAAUAUAAAUACAUAAAAUCUCAACAUUUUACCGUGAGAUCCACCAAUUUUGCAGGUUUUUGUCAUCUUAUUACAUUAGUAGAAGAGGCAUCUAAUGACAUUUCUAGUAUUUAAGGAAUCCUCAGCUGAGAGAUUGUGCAAAAUAUGUAAGACAAUACAUAGGUUUUUUUUCUCCAAAGUAUGAUUUAAAUUAUAAGGAUAAAUGUAACCUCAAGAUAAAACCAUCAAUUUGUGCAUAAUAUCUUCUCUGCAGAUUCAGAUGGUGGCUCUACAUAUCCUUGCAGAACCAUGUCUUCCUUUCUCUCUAUUUCCACAGUAAAAAAAUGAGAAGAAAGUGAAAUCUUUUUUUUUUUUGCAAUAUCAGAAUGCAGACUCUUAAAGGAUUACUCAAAGCAUGAAAACACAUUUAUCUCAUGAACUAGUUUUGGUGUAUAGAUCAUGCUCCUGCAGUCUAGCCGCUCGAUCCUUUGCCAUUUAGGAGUGAAAUCACUUUGUUGAUGCAGCCCUAGCCACAUCUCACAAAAACAGAUUUCAUUUUUAAUCAAAUCUUACAGCACAGUUUGUUUAAUUAAGAAGUUCUUAUAUCCUGUUCUGUUAAUUCAAUUUUAAUCACACACAGGUGGCUGUUGCUGUCUCUCGCAAGCUAUUAAUAGAUCAGGAGAUAAGACAUUCUAAAUUAAACAGAUUGUGCAAAGAAGGGAAGCUAAAAUCUUUACACUUCUUUUUUGGGUGGGAGGCUGUGUACAUCAAAGGGAGGGGUGGUUUGUGGUUAACCCUGCUUAAACAAAGUGAUUUGACUCCUGAAUGGCAGAAAGUUGAGCAGUGAGACUGAGCGUUAUGGUCUAUACACUAAAAUUGCUUCUUUAAGUUAGAGUUGUUUUGGUUUACGAUUAUCAAUUUAAUUUUAUGCUGUGCAGUCUCAUACCAUAAAACAAUGUAGAGAAGCAUUCAACAAUUAGUAUUUAGUUAUUUAAUGGCAGUAAUUGUGCAAUUGAAUGUAAAAUAUCUUAAUCCUACAUUUUUGUUUUGUUACAGACACAGCCGACGCAAUCCGCUCAGAAGGUAAUUAUUAUUGACUACUCUUUGUAAGGCUCAAUGGUCUAACCUUAUACAUUCAACUGGCUAAAACAUCUUACUUGUGCCACACAGACAGUUGCAGUAUGAAGGACGGGAUAUUGAAUGGAAAUGAAGGAGAGUUAAUAUUUCCUGAAGAACCGCAGACACACUACACGAACAAUGAGUGAGUACACCCUCUUUAAAUUUUCAAGUUUGGGUUCGGAUUAAUAAAUAUAGUGGGAGGAGAUGUUUGUACACAUUUGACGCGCACUCCCAAGACCUCAAAUGGGCAUGUGCUCACGCAUGCGAUCUUGCGAGAGUCACCACAGAGUUUCAAUGACACGGCACUCCCAGAAGUGACGUGAUGCUGGAAGGAGGUUAGUACAGCAAAUGAGAAAGUUGACAGAGGCCGUGGGUCCACCCUUUGCAACCUUCAGGUUACAUAUAAGGAAAAGCAGUUCUAACUCUUCCUUCUGUAUAACUUUAAAAAAAGCAGGAAAAAAAACCACAGAAAAACGGGGCACUUAAAGUGGGGAAGGUUUGGAACAUGUCAACUUAAAAAAAAUUAAAAAAAAUAAAAAUAAAAAUGGUUCAGUGUAUUAAGUCCCAUAUAUCACAAUGAAUUACAUUUUCUUUCUAGGCUCUGUGAAUGGACUUUGAAAGUCCCCACGGGAAUGAUGAUUUUACUUAAUUUCUCUCGUUUUGACUUGGAGUCAGAUGUUGCGUGCAAUCUGGAUUACCUGGCCAUAUAUUCAGAGGAAGGACAACUCAUUGGUGAGUAAAAUAUAUGUAUAUAAAAAUACUAGGUCCAGAAUAUAAAUAUAAAUAAAAAGUAAAAUUAAAUUAAAUUGAUGGGACCACUGUACCCAGGCCACUUCAUUGAGAUGACAACAUUAAACAUCUCUUAACUUCUAUUUGUGAGAUUCCAAUUUCUUUUAUUUAUUUUUUUAUAUUAAAGGAACAUUCCUCUGAUGUCUUUUUACAAACCUUAUUAGAUAUAACCCCAGUGAAAACAUGCAAGUAUUUUUUUUCUACGUGUUUUCUUUGGCGCUAUAUGAAACACCUGCUUGCUGUCUGGAUAGCAUACCACAAGUGGUCCUUACUCCAAUCUCUAUCGGAGCAAAGCCAAUGACCUUGUCUAUGUCCUUAUUUAUUUUUCCAGGAAAGUAUUGCGGCGACAUACUGCCAAGACCGAUCUUAAUUUCUUACAACAUCAUCACAUUAAAAUUCUUCUCCGAUUUUCAACAAUAUGGGACUGGGUUUGCAUUGAAUUACUCUGCCGUAGAACGUAAUACUUACCAAGGUGAGAAUGUCCAUCAUCACUAUCAAGUGUGAACUAUGGGGGUUUUACCUCGCUGUAAACACUACGAUGGUAACAAAUUGUGUGUUAGUGUUAAUUUCAGAAUUUAAACUUCCACAUGUUCUGAAUUGUAAUUUCUUAUGCUCUGCAUGUUAUAGCUAACAGUGUAAAUAAUUAUUUAUGCCUAAAUAAUACGUAAGAGAAGACGGAGAAAAGACAAAAACUUGCAAUAUGGUUUAUUCCCACUUACAUCUCAGACAAGUUCUAUCUCCCUUAUUCCAUUACAAAGGUAAUCUAUACACAAAUUAACCCUCAAAAUGAUCCCACCCCCAGGGGUAGCUCAGUACUGUUGUGCCAGCAGAUCUUAUCUUUGAAUACAAAUCCAUACUUUUGCUGUGGUCCCAUACAGUUAUCAUUCCGGACUAUCCUGAGCAGUAGCCAAGCUAGCAUCUCUUUGACAAGGACUUGUCCCUCACCAUUAAAAUUAUGUGAAUGUUACAUUGGACAGGAAGAGAAUAUUCUGGGCUUUGACUUUCUGUUAUCUGUGAGACUGCUUCCUAUAUGAAUUAAUAUGCAUAGCUAGGUACUAAUUAAUAGUUCUGCCUAAUAACUUCAGACUUAUAUUUGAUUCUCUUGUUUGUAGAUUCUGAAUGUGGAUCGUUGGCUGUCCACUUUGAGGAGGGAGAAAUACAAAGUAUGAAUUACCCCAACAAAUAUGCUAGCUUUGCUAACUGCUAUUGGGUCAUCCACGCCCCCAAAUAUUUAAACAUCAAGGUAUAUGAAUGUACUAUUUUUCGUUGUUAAUAUUUUUGUUCUCAUUAUAAAUAUAAAUGAGUUUCAAAAAAAUCUUAAAAAUGAUCACUGCACUGUAAAAAGACAAUUCUGAUUCUUUCAGUUGAGGGAGCGUUAGAAUAGCAGGCAAAGUGAUGCAUGAGAUUAAAACAAACAUCCACAAAACUGGGAGGUCUACUGUACCCUUAAUAUACUCUAGUUAAUACUUAAUGGUUUGCAGGGACAUCAUAUGCUACAAGUGAAGAAUUAUUGUUCAGGGGUGCAAAAUUUUCACAAGUUUGUUUGAUUUUCAAAUCCCUUUAACAUGUUCAACAUUACUUGAAAUGAGUUACAUACUAACUAAUGAUAUAGUGUUGGCUUUCCCUGUUAUGACAAUUUAGAUGAAAAAAUAUAUAUAUAUCAGUAUAUUUCAUAGCAUAAUCGUGUUCUCCUUUUGCCCUAGCUAAGCUUCGAAGACUUUGAGGUUGAAGCCAGCACAAACUGCUCUUACGACAAUGUUAAGGUUUAUCAAGAUCUAGACGCAGAAGAUGAGAUCGGUAAUUGUGUCUGUCACUAUUGCAUUAUACCUGUUGUCACCACACUUGUGCUAGUAUGUUUAAAGGGCUAAUUUAUUAUUAUUAUUUAUUAAAGGGACACUAUAGUCACCCAAACAACUACACUUAAUAUAGUUUUUUUUUUUGGUGAGUAAAGUCAGUUCCUGCAGGCAUUUUGAUGGAAACACUUUCAUUUCAGAGAAAAGGCAUUUUUUACAUUACUGCCUAGAAACACAUUCAAUGGCACUUCUCAGAUGGCCACUAGAGUUGCUUCCUGGGUCAGUACUACACAGUAUGCAGUACUGACAUUUAUUGUCUCCACACUCUGCAUGGAGAUGCGGAACUUUCACCAUAGAGAUGCAUGGAUUCAACGUAUCUCUAUUAGGAGAUGCUUAUUGGCCAGCGUGGUGGUUGGCACUGCCCCCGCCCCAACUCUUUGUCUGAGAUCAUCAGAAGUGAUGGUCUCAGCCAAUCCAAUGCUUUCCCACAGGCCCCACCCCCUGGCCCCAAUCCAAGAAGACAGAUUGGGGGUGGGGCCAGGGUACAAGAUAUGUUUAGUAUUUAUCGAAGCUAUUUAAUUUAGUGAACAUUAAUCCAGAAAUUAUUCUAACUGUAUUGUGGACGAAGUCGGAUUUAUAUGAAUACAUUACGGUUUCUUUAAAGGUCGGAUAUUUACUUUAUGAUCAUUUGCUGUGUAUUUGCAGGCGUUUUUUGUGGAUUUUCUAUUCCCCCGAGUGUCACCAGCUCUGACAACAUCAUGCACAUAAAAUUUACCACGGAUGCAACUGAGAACUACAAAGGCUUCCGUGCAUCCUUCUCUUUUGUUACAUCAAGUUGUGAGUGUUAUCUUCAAAAAUGCAUCAUUACAAUAAAACGUACAGAGUGUCCUUAGGUCAGGGCCUGAUAGGAGUGGAAGAGCAUCCUGGGAGAAAGGGUCUAUAGCAUAAUGAGUGGUCGAGGUAGCCUCGUUUGGACUUUGAUCCUUCAGCUGAGCUUUUCUUGCUGGUAAAAUAUCUUAUUACAUAAUAAGCAGUUGUCUAUCAGUUUUAUUCACUAACGUGAGAACUGAAAAUGAGUUUCAAAUUCAAGGCAAAAAUAGCUGAAAUAGUAACAGUCUGGCUUCCCUUCAGACUGGGUAAAGGAUAAGGAAGACACUCUACAGCAGUCCGCAAGGUCUAUGUUACAACAGGAGGUUAGCAGGCAUGCAGGGGGGGGAGUAGGAGGCAUGCAAAGGGUGGGGGAGAGUAGGAGGCAUGCAAAUGGGGGUGGGGGGAGUAGGAGGCAUGCAAAGGGGGUAGGGGGGAAUAGGAGGCAUGCAAAUGAGAAGAGUAAGAAACACACAAGGAGGUGUAAGACACAUACGCUAAAUGGGGUGAAAGACACACAAUGGGACUAAAGGGAACAUAAGAUACACUGUUAGGGGGUGUAAGACACACAAAUGGGGCAUAAGAUACACUAAAGGGGUGAGACAUUAAAAAGAGAUCAUAAGAAACGUUAAAGAGGGUAAGACAUUCAAAAGUAGGGUUAAGAAACACACAGGUUAAGACGCAUUAUGGGGGCCAGCAUACGGCACCUUUGCCAAAAAAAUCUAUACAACCCUCCCUCCUGUUAUACGAGUGCGAUUUUUUGAUCUUGAUACAUAAUCUCUGCUUCUGGUUAGUUAUGGAAGCAUUAUGUAAGGAGUUAAGGAACAAGUGGGUUAAACAUGAUAAAAAUUUGUAUCAAGAUGUCAACAUUCUGAAAUAGAUCGCUGCACAGCCAAUGGGAGGUAAGCAAACCAUGUCACUAAUGUCAUAUCUCUGUGCCACAAUCUUUUACAACCCUAUUAAAAAGAAAUUAGUAGGACAAUAAUAAUGAACAUGUUGUUAUAAUUUUUAGUACAUCAUGUUGAAUCUUUAAAAAGAUCAUUCCAGAUUAGUAUUAUUUGCAUUUGUUAAUUUUAGCCUUUGUCUAUUCUAUAUUGCAGCCGUGAAUUUUGAUAACGCGCUCUGGAAAAAUAACCAACCACCUAAAAAUAAAGGAGAAAUUGUUCGUUUUGGCAAGUACAUUUCAGUUACUUCUUUUUAAACAAUUAUUGAUCGCUGAUAAGUUUUUGUUACUUGUGUUUGAAAAUGUUACAUUUAGGCAAAUUUUCUCAUCUAAUUUUCCUACUCAAAACACUGUUUGUCUAUAUUCCCUCCUUCCAAAAAAACUCACAUGUGAAACCCAAAAAUGUAAAGUCCGUAAAGAAUUAAGAAAAAUUACUUCUAUUCACAGAACCAAUUCUACAGUGUUCACAGAAGAUACGCCACAACUAGUGUCUGAUAUUUAACCAGCUUUUCUAAAUUUUAGUUAAUAUCAUAAUUAAAGGAAUACUCUAAAAACCAUAACCACUACAGAACGCUGUAGUGGUUGUGGGCCAGGAGUACCCUGGCAUUACUCCACCAAUGUAAGUAGUUAAACCAUUGUCUAUAGGUUUGAAUUUUUACUGGGGUCUAGCGGCCGCUGCGUCCUGCUUCAGCUGAUUGAUCUCAGCUAAUGAUCGCCCUGAGGAUUUCUCAGUGAACAGAGAGAAGGUGGGGAGCGGCGCACAGCAAACCACAAGUAAGAAAACAGACUGGCAACCUACAUUGGGGGUUGUCUUGGCACCGUAACUACUACAAUGAGCAGAAGUGGUUAUGGUGCUUGGAGUGUUUCUUUAAUUAUCUGCAAUAAAAUUGUGUACAACAAACUGAACAGUGCAUUUUGAAACAGCAUUGAUAAAGUGAGCACUUCUUCAUGAAAUGUGUAGAAGAACCAUUGCAGCGCAAUGUCUACUUAUCAAAAGCCAUAUUUCCUUUUCUGAAUUUUAGUAAUAGAAAAAUGAACACAUCAAUUGAUCUUGGCGCUGUUUAUUUGAUUUGUUGUAAGUCUGAGUCAGACACAAUGUAACGUACAAUCAUGUUUACAACAGAGCGUGAUCACUGUAAGUCUGAAUGUGGAUAUCACUGCUUGCAUAAUCCACACUGUAUAUUAAGAUUCAUUUUCUCUGUUCAAUGUUUAUUAGACAAGACCUGUGGAACUCCUGCCACAACGCCCAGGUUUAUAUACAGUAAGUUAGUUGGAGCACAAGAGGCCAUGCCUAAUUCGUGGCCCUGGCAUGUCAGCUUACAGUACAGAGCAGUACAUGUAUGUGACGGCGUAAUCCUUUCUGAAUACUGGAUCUUGACAUCUGCCAGCUGUGUGUAUGACAAGUAAGUGACAAUUUCAGACACUCUAAGUAAAAUUAUAGCUCAGCAGACAAUGGAUUUAUCUAGUCAAACCAUAAAUAAUAUGUUUUUUUUUUAAUCAUUAGAUUAGUUCCUUUUCAUUAAAGGAACACUAUAGUGUCAGCAAUACAAAUGUAUAUUCUUGACCCUGUAGUAUUAAAACCAUAGGCCUUGACUCCCGUUAAAUAACUAAAACACGUACCUUUAUUUCAGUGCCCCACUCCGCCUCCCUGGCUUGACUUGAUGAUCUCAACCAAUCCUAUACUUUUGUGCAUGUGUGGUAAAACGCUGUGCUGCACCAAUCAGCAUUUCCUCGUAGAGAUGCAUUGAUUCAGUUUAUCUCUAUGAGGAAUGUUCAGCAACUACGUUUAGAGUAUGGAAAUGCUGAACCUCAGUACUGCAUCUUGUGCAGAACUGUCCCAGGAAGCACCUCUAGUGGCCAUUUGUAUGUGACAGCCACUAGAGGUGUUCAUAGGCAGUAAUGUAAACACUGCCUUUUCUCUGAAAAGGUAAUGUUUACAUUAAAAUACCUGCAGCGACUGACUUUACUCACCAGAACAACUACAUUAAACUUUAGUUGUUCUGGUGACUAUAGUGUCCCUUUAAAGGAACACUAUCAGGAAUACAAUUCUAUCCCUAGGUAUAUACAGGCUCAUUAAGGAGCAUCUUUGCAAAAUAAAAUAAAAUGUAGAAAUCCCCCUCACUGCAUUACCUCUAUCCUGGAACUGGGUGCCUCCAAAUUGGCUCUCUGUCAAUCAUUGUUAUAAGCUCCGCCCUUUACACCUGUCAGAAAACAUAGGGAGAACAAUGAGAAGAAAAACAGAAAUAUUUAGUUUUUUUGUAUCUCCUCCUCCAAUGCAAUGUGUGCUCCCGCUGUGACAAGACGGAAUUAGAUUGUGAUAUCCAUUGGUAAAUCUUUAAUAUAAAUUUAAAGGAAAAGACAAGAUACAGGGGAUUUUCAAUGUCCAAUGAAAUGACUCCGGUUUAUCUGUCAAUGUUACAGCUAUAGGUUAGAUAAAACGUGUUGUUUGCGUUCUACGUAUCUAUGGAGAUUGUGUUGUUAUGUCUCUGUCGGAUUAAGCUUACCAUAGAGAUAUACAAUCAGCCUAACUAGAUCAAAGCCCAACUCUAUGAUAACGCUUUAGAAAAUCUGCCGAAGGAGCAUUAUUAUUAAAUAUAAUAUAAAUAAAAUAAUAAUAAAUACUUUUUAAAAAUCUCAUACUGAAUUGCUGCAUAUACAGGGUCCUUGCACCAUAACCACUUCAAAACACAGAAGCCCUUGCGGUUACCCUUUUAGAAGAAUAAGUAUAUAUCAAGCAGUACCCCUUUUUAUUGGUUAAAGCACUAAGUUUUCCUAAUUUAUAACAGCAUUAUUAUACACGCUCUUAAUCCUUUCCCCUGGUUUUAGGACAUAGUUUAUCAUUUUGACUAUUAUUUUUUAUUUUUUUAACUCAGAAAAGAAUUGCCUGUUAUGUUGCUGGUGGUCGCUGGGUUGCAUGAUCUUUCUCAUUUGGAAAAUAAUCAGGUAAAAAAAGUCAACCACAAAGUUAUGAAGUGCGAUGCCCAGGCAUAGGACAAUGAUCAAGGGCUCUCCUGCAUGAAAUUCAAGGUUCUACCACAUAAUAUGUCAAAGUUUUUUUUCCACUUCUCGAGUAUUGCAAAAUAAGAAAGAGUUUAAAUACAUAUUAUUCUGAACAAACGUUGGGUAAUAAUAUGGCAGUAAUCACAUUACGUUUAUCAUAUCUCUGUAUUGAUAUAUGUUUGUGCCACUCAAGAAUUAGAUUGCUCUUAGGUACCCAUGAGCAGUUGCUGUUUUGCUGCAAACUAUUUGGAGCCAUAAUGUAUUUCUUUUAUUUACUGAAAAAACACACAAACAAAAAAACAUAGUUUAACGUUAACCACUGCUCCUGUCCUGGUACUCAACUGGCAGACAAACCACUCCAAAUCACCUCCCUCCAAAUCACCUCCCAUCCUGUUUGCACUGGAAUUGUAGAUAAGAAAGACAAUAUCAUAGGAAAAAAUGGGACAGUGAAAUCUAGAUCUCAGAGGAGGGACUGUUGCUCUAAAGAGGGUCACUGUGGAGGUAUGCUACACGGUUUCUUGUUCAGGAGUUACAAAUCGUCUUUAACCAAUAUUUAUUUAAAUUGUAAUUUCAUGGUUAAUUAAACUUGAUGCUUUCCUUUGUUUUGUGUAGAAGCAUUCAGUGAAGCAAAUAUUUGUCCACGCCGAAUUUAACAGGAAGUCAAUGAACUAUAAUAUUGCUCUGCUCCAAGUAAGAGAACCAUUCCAAUUCAACUCGUUCAUUCGCCCAAUAUGUCUGCCAAACAAAGACACUGAGGCCAAGGCUUCAAUGCUGUGUGUGGUCUCUGGAUGGGGUCUUCAAGGGAAAGGUAAUAAUGCAAUAUUUUCACAUGCUACUCUUUUUUUUUUUUAUUCACUGUGAGAAUUGACAUGAGUUAGAAACACAGUAAAUAGCCUACACAAAGGUAGAAAACAUACAUAUACAGAAGAACAUCUAGCAAACGAGUGAGCGAUUGCCCUUUUUUAAAUAAAUAAUGAAAAAACAUUACCCUGCAUAGAGGUCAGAGAGGAGAUUAAUCACAAUAUUUAAGACACAUUGAUAGAGCUGCACAUUUUCAGAGUUCACCAUGUGGACUACCCUGGAAAUCUAUACUAGCCAUUGAGUUGUAUGAAAUGUCAUAUUGUAAUAGAUAGGUGACCAGUAUUACACUAGGUGCUGACCAAGGCGAUUUUGUGCAGUUAAAAAAGUAAAAUAAAACAUGCAAAUCACAAGAUGGCAAACAAACCUAAACUGCUAGGGCAAGCCACAUGUCAUGCAGUAGCUCUAUUUGGAUAAACAGGUUUCAGCUAUGUAAGCCUCAACUCAAGGUCUAGAAGGUAGGCUGAGGGAUAUAUAUUGGAGAGACAGUCACCCAAUUCCCAAGAUGCCACCCGUUUGUAUCACUGUGCCUGGACUGUGAGGUUUGUCUAGUAGGGUGUCUUCUCCUGUGUGGAUAUUCCUCCUCAUGCAAGAAUGGCAUUUUAGGAGCAGACUACUCCAGUUUCGCAGCUCUGAUGAACACAGUUGGCUGGAGAGCAGAUUCUUAGACACAGAUAUGCCCAAUGGGGGCCUCCUGAUCCACUCUUUGCCAUUUCACUUGUGAACCCAUCGGGUACAGGACUUGGUUAUGUUGAGUCUAAUCGCUCCUCCAGUUAGGCCCAGAAGGACUUGCACAUGGUGUCCAGCUGAGCCAGAGUCUGUGAGAAUAUACUUGCUGAAUCGAGGCCUUGUGGCAUCUGGCUCUGGGUUUUAUGUUUGCAUGCAUCGUCCACCUUGAACAGCCCAGCCUUCAUCCCGUAAUGUGGUGCAGCAAUCAGCAUUCUAAUAGAAACAAUUAUCAUCUAGUCCAGCAGGACCGGGAUAGCCCACACCGGUCCAAAGGGUGGCUCUUUCCCUUUCUCUCAUGCCAGCAUAGUGACUUCAGUGAUUUCUUUUCAGAAGUACCAUAGUCGUACUUCUUUGAUACUUUACUUCUCUCAAGACUUAGUGGUCCUUCUGUACGAUUUAAAAAUGAGAGAUGCAAAACAGGAAGAAAAAAGUUUGAUUUGUUAAUUUUGUAAUUUUAUUUUGUCCGAAGUUCUGAAAAUAUUGAUUCGGGGUAAAAAUUGGUGUAAAAAUUUUGUUCGUUUUCUAAAUUCAGGCAGCCAAUAAUCCCCAUGGGGAAUAAAUGAUGGUGGCAAUCUUAAAGUUAUAAAGUAACUGUCUGAGAACUCUGGAAUGUGGUAAUUGGGGGUCUUGUCCUUAUCUGGCUAGGGAUAUACGCUGACGUCAUUAUGGUCAUAUCUAUAUAGAAUAGGGGACAAAGGACCACAAGGUCUUGCUGUUACUUGCUGCUUGCUGCUCGAGGUUAGUCUUCUUGUCUGGCUGUCCAACUAUGUAGACUUACUCUCCCUUCAGGAGUCCAGCAAUUACCAUCUGCUGUUGAACAUCCAUUAUCUUGUAACAUCCUUUGUUGUUUUACUAUGUAUCAGUAACUGUAAGAAUAAACCUGAAGAAACCGUAAGUCAGAUUGCGUAUUAGUAUUUUUGGUUAAUAUAGACGUUUAAUAUACAUAAAAUACUUAUUUCAAUCAACUGAAAAAAGAUACAAAAGGAACGAAAUUUAUUACAAGAUCAAAAUUAUAAAAAGACCUGCUGUUAAUUUUGCUCCUUCGGUUGUUUCAUAGAUUAUUAUGUUGUUAUUUAUAUUAUAUUUAUUAUUUAUAGAUAACUCCCUAAUUUGCUGUCCGUAUCGAUAUGAACGGAUCUGGAACAUAUCAUUUCAAUUUGUUACAGAUCCACUUGUUUGUGUCUUUAUGAUUCCGAAUUGCAGACUUCUCUAGAAAUUUGUACAAGUGCAGGUUUUAUGUGUGAAUUACGGUAGUUGUGUCUAUAUCAAAUGUUAAGCACUGUUUUUCUGAACCGUAAUGUAAUUCUCCAGCUUUCGCAGACCUGCCACAAAAAAACACAAAAACAAGGGAACAGCACCUACCAAAAGGGUUCAGGAGACCAGUUCUGCCUAAACCAGUAUUAACAACAUGCAAGUAAAAUAAAUAGUUCCAUCACGUGCUAGUGAAGCAGUAUCUCUUUAUUCAAGUGCUCAAAUGUCUCUUUGUCAAACUUGAACAAAGCUAAAGGGACACUACUUCACUUGGGUGUGCUGAAAGUAUUUCAUUUUCUCAUUAUCUCCAUUCUGCUUUUUUCCUGUCAAUCCAUACGAUGUUUGGACUGCAGGAGGAGACAGAUAGAGACGGGAUGAACAUACUGGAUCAAAUUUUAAGACAAUUUGAAAUUUUAAGACAACAAAGAAUGUUCCAAAAAGUGGGUCUGUGGGUCGUGGAAUUAAUUAAAGCCUGUUUUAAACAAGAAUACAAUUUAACAAAAUCUCAAAAUAAAAUCAUAAAGUAAUUAAAAAGUGAAACAAUUAUUGUGUGGGCAUGGACAUCAUAAAUUGCUGGUCUACACAGCUCCCAGGUUCUGAAUUAUUGACCCAAGUGAUAAUCAAGUGAUAAUGGAAUUGCUGCUUCUUGAUAAAGACUAUUAAACAACAACGUUUGCUAUAUUGUCUCUUUAAUAACACAGGAGUACUGAAAGCUACAAAACUGCAACAACUUGAAGUUCCAAUCCUUCUAAAUGAUAUUUGCAAAGCGUACUACGCAAGCCAUCCUGGGGGGAUUACAGAUCAGAUGUUCUGUGCUGGGUUCCCAGCAGGAAAUAGGAAUGAUACUUGCACAGUGAGUAGUUUUCAUGCUUACGUCUUCUUCUGAAAUGUUAGUCAGGAUCUUCCCAACCUGAAAAAAUUAUUAUUCUCAUCAUCCAAGAAACUCAUAAAUAAAGAUCACCUAUGUUCCCUAAAAUAACAAUAGGUUGUUUUUUUGGGGGGGCGGAGGGGGUUCCCUUUCGUUCAGCUGCUAAAAAGAGAUUGCUUACAGUGUUUUGGGACUCCUCUGCUGCUGCAGCCCGUUCCCCUUUCAAAGAAACAAAUGCUCCAAUCCCAUGUUUCUCAUAAAGAAGAAAUGGAUUCAAAGUAGGCAUGCACAGCCAAAUGGCACUGCCUGCAAUGGGAAGCAUUGCACGUCCCCUCCUCUCGGUAUGACAGCCACUAGAGGUGUAUUUAACUCUGCAUUAUAAAUUUUGCAGUUUCUACAAAACUGCACUGUUUUACAUUGUUGGGUUAAAAUGACAUGGCCACUGCGCCCAGACCACUUUGUGGAGAUGAAGUGGUCUGGGGGACUUUAGUGGUCCUUUAAACAACCUCUUCAUGAUUGACAAUCUAUGAUCCUACAACUAUUUAUGUCUCUCUUUGAAUGGGAAAAAUAUUCAGGUGGUUAAAGGCCAUCGGGUUGUAGAAAUGUGCUGUUAAGACUAGAAUCUUAGAUAUAUUAUUGUUGUGUUUUGCUCUUUGAAUUAUUUGGGUCAAAAUUUUUUAAUGAUUGAUGGAGCAGAGCAAAACUGUACGAUGGCAAUAUGGAUAUUUUUUUUGAUUACUUGUGUGCAAGAACAUUCAGCGCUGAGAUCCUAACAUUAAUCUAAACCCAAACACCAAAUGCUGUAACUCUAAUACAACACACUAAUCAUGUGCGUAUGUCCGACAGCACAGUUUAACUAAUUUCUAGAUUGCUUUAACACACUUCAGCCGGUAUGGUAAACCGAGCAAGCAGCGCAUAUAAUCUCUAGGAACAUGUAAGAAAAAUAAGCGGAGACAGUGUUAAAGAUAGAUUCAAACAAGGAAGAAGAAUGAAAGCAGAGAGGCCAUGUUUAAUGGAUACUUUAUAGGCACCAUGCAACUCUAGCUUAACAAAGUAGUUCUGGUUUCUAGAUCAUGCCCCCGCAGUUUCACUGCUCAAAUAUAGGAGUAAAAUACCCUUUGUUUCAGUUUAUGCAGCCCUAACCACACCUCCCCUAACUUUGACUGACCACAGCCUGCAUAAAUAGAGGGUUUCAUUUUCAGUCAGAUCUUAACUUGCUUUAGAAGUUUUUAUUCCUGCUCUGUUAAUUGUCUAAAAGCGAAACUAUAGUCACCAGAACAACUAGAGCUUAAUGUAGAUGUUCUGAUUUCUACUCCCUGUCCCUGCAGGCUUUUUAAUGUAAACAUUGUGUUUACAUUGCUGCUUAGGAAAACCUCUAGUGGCAGUCACUCAGACAACCACUAGAGGUUCUUCCUGGAUCAUUGCUGCACACUCAGCAGCACUAACGUUCAGCGUCUCCACCCCUGCAUGGAGGCGCUGGAUGUUCAUCACAGAGAUGCAUUGAUUGAUUGAUGAGCAGAUGGUGAUGGGCGCAGAACUGUGUUAUGAAGUGCAUGCACAAUAGCCUCCCAAUGGGAAGGGCUGAUAUUAUCAAGUUGGAUGAUUUCAGUCAAGGGGACGGAGUGGGGGUGGAGAACUGUAAAAAGGUGAGUAAAAUCACCUUUUAUUUUGCUGACAAUGGGCUGGGGGCAUAAAUAGUACAAGUAGAACAGAAGUGUCAGAAAUACAUGUUUGUAUCCCUGACACUAUAGUAUUCAUUUAACCACACACAGGAGGCACUUGUAGGUAUUAACAUAGCAGGAGAUAAAAAAAAUAAUUCUAAAUUAAACAGACCGUGCAAUAAUCGAAUUUUAAACAUUAGAUCUCACUUUCAGGAAGUGUUUAGGAAGGCUGUGUAAGUCACAGCCACCGGAGGUGUGGCAAGGGCUGCAUAAACAAAGUGAUUUAACUCCUAAAUGGCAGAUAAUUGAGCAGUAAGACUGCAGGAGCAUGAUCUAUACACCAAAACUGCUGUAUUAAUCUAAAGUUGUUAGUUAGUGCCUAUAGUAUCCUGUUAACCAUUAUGGCCUCCAGCCUUGGUCAACUUUGGAUAUUAGAAGUUACAAAUGCCCCAAGUUCGGGUUUUGUGAUUUAAAAUGUAUUUAUCAGCCUCAGUAUCUUUUACUAUUGUAUGCAUUUCCUUGUAACUUCAGUUAUUCACAGUGCUGAGGGCUUACAAUAAGUACUGUACUUACACAAAACCACCACAUUUGUUUUAGCCUAUCUUCUUGUGUCUGUAUGGAAACUGAAUGGUUGAAAUAUCUAAAAAAUAAAGAUUACUGAAAUCCUACAGCUAAGAACGAUCUGUAUAAAAUAAAGGAUUUAAAAUUAAUGCAUUAAUAACAUUAAUGGUUCUAAGUGAUCCUUUUCCCCUGAAUCAUAAUUAAAUUUAUUUUAAUAUGUUUUCACUAAGUAAGUUUUACAUAUGAAUGUAGGUCACGUAACACUAAUGCCAUGGAUAUCCUUUCAGACCCUGAAAAAAAUAAAUAAAAAAAAGAAUCACUAGUGUAUCUGUAGAGUGGAAUUAAAUUCACAUAUAAUAUCCAAGCGUCGGCUUGGAGUCCAUCAUAGUACGGGUUAAAAAAUGUCUGCUGUGUUCUGUACGAGUUGAAUUCUGAGUCUGUGCCAGACAGUCUGUUCUGUCUAAAGCAUUGGAAAUCACUGCAAAUGUUUGGGCUUCAACCCAGGAGACACGAUGACCUGGGCCUAAGCUUCCUGUCCUUUAGAUGUUUUAUGGAUGCUUUGUAUUUUAUUAUUCUCACGCAGUUCAUUGCCAGCCCUUAAAGGAUCAUUAUAGUGUCAGGAAAACAAACUCGUUUUCCUGACACUAUAGCAUCCUUGGGGGACACUAACCCUCAGGGUCUCCCUCUCGCUGGGGUGAAGGGGUUAAAACCCCUUCAGCCACUUACCUUAAUCCAGCGGCAGGCUCCCUCGGCGCUGGUGACCUCUCCUCCCCCGCCGAUGUCAGCUCCCAAGUGGAGUGGAAUGCGCAUGCACGGCAAGAGCCGCAAUGCUUUCCUAUGUACGUUCUGCACUUGGAUGCGAAUUUCGCAUUUAACGUCGCAGAAGCGCCUCUAGGGGCUGUCAGGAAGACAGCCACUAGAGGUUGGAUUAACCAUUCUCUGAAACUGCUAUGUUUACAUGUGAAGGGUUGAAACCUGAGGGACCUGGCACCCAGACCACUUCAUUGAGCUGAAGUGGUCUGGGUGACUAUAGUGGUCCUUUAAGAUAAAAAAUACCAACAUAUGGGAUGAGGCGGAUAGUGAAUAGAGAAUUAGAAAGUCAUGAUGACUUCACUUCUAUUUUCUUUCUUAGUCUGUGUAAAUUCAAGAUUUUUCUAUCUAACCAGGCUCUUAGGUGGACUAACAAAGGUCCAGCCAGGACAGAAUGUGGACAAUGAGCUUACCUUGACUCGGAUCUUAUUUCCUAUAGAGCUUUCUAAAUACUUUACACAGUAAAGAUUGGAAUUCUUAGAUUGUAACGGGUACUUUAGUUAAAGGUUUUUAUGGUCAGCAAUUGUGAAGUACCCUUUCAGUGUAGGAAAAUCUGUUCAGUGGAUUAUUAAUUCAUUAUUAUAACUGCCCUUCACCUAGUUCUUUACUAUAUAGAAUGGCAAGCUAAGAAAUUAUUCAGCGCAAGCAGUAUUCAAUAACUACUCUAGCUACUGUCCUGAGUUUAUUUCAUUGUAAUUUAUUUGAUUUUAUUUGUGCCAAUGAAACCAUAUUUAUAUUUAUUCUCCUGAUGAUCCGGCACUUUCCUCCAACAUCGUUUGAUCUUGAGAGGUUUUUUUUUGUUCUCCUUUGAACCCCCUACCAAGCAUUUGCAUUAAGAGUUAAUACCAACAGGAACAACUACGACAAAUAAAAAUAAUUUGUAAUAAUGAAAAGGAAAUGGGACAUUGUGAUACCAUCCAAAUUGUUUGUUUCAGGACCGAUCUGGUGGACCACUGGUUUGUCUGAUGGAUAAUAAAAGAUACUUCUCAGUUUUUGGAAUCGUGAACUGGGGGGUUAACUGUAGGGAAAACCCCAAUCCUGGAGUCUACACUAAAGUUUUCUUAUUCAUUGACUGGAUUGGUCAAAUAAUAAAUGGAUCAGGUAAUGUGUGGAUGGAGGGAUUUUUCGUUAGAUAUUUGGUGUUUUCGGGAGCGUAAUACAAUGAGGGAUUUGUAUGUCUCUCUCACACAAUCUUCAAUUUCUAGACCAAAACCAGCGCCAUGCUGAUGAGACCCAAAUAGUUAAAACUUUGCAGUUCAUGGCAGGUUUCUGGUCACUGGUCUCUUCGGAUCACAACCUGUGCUUUGGUUUUAAAAUCUGUGUUUAAAGCAGAGUCUAUUGCUAAGGGUAUCCGAAAAAUUGCACAGUGAAGUAAAACGCAAUGACUGAGUGUGCUCAUUUGCAUAUCAAGCUGGGAACUCUGGGAUAUUGGUAGAAACAUUUCUCGCGUUUCUGUGCCCAAGGGGGACUUUCCAUAGUCCAGCCCGAGAUAUGAAGGUGACGCACAACAGUAAUAUAGCUCUCUUUCUCUCUCACUGUAUGUAUCUAUAGAUAUAUAUCGAUAGAUAAAAAAAUAGAUACCACUGUUAAGUAUAAUCAAAAGUCUUCCAUCGUGGAUAUUAAAUACUUCACAUUCCACUUUAUACAGCCACAGAAUCGAACAAAACAAUUGGUGAGCUUCCAGAAACAUUUCUCAGGGGAAAUGAAGGAGACAAACCCCCAAUAUCAAAUGACACCAUUUUAUAUGAAGGUACAGCUGUUUUCUGCUACUUGGAACUUUGUAUUAGGGGUACAAAUAGUAAGGUAAAAUAUUGAUAUAGAGAAUUAACCACAAAUUAUGGUUUAGUGAGUAAAACCUUUAUAAGCCGACUAAAUAUUAUACAUACUUUCCAUAUAAGCACAAAGAGUACGCUAGUCUGCGAGGUCUCCACCAUGUUACAAUUUAAAGAGUUCUAGGUAACAUUGUCCGAACGCACUCUCUGCAUUCAUUACACCUCACUGUAGUUCAGUGUUUGUGUUUCUCCCCCUCCAAUGAUACAAUGUGUUUCCCCCGGCUAUGCCAGGAUUGAACUGGCUUUUGAUAUCAAGUGAUAUGUUUUUAAAAGGUAAUUACAAGCUACCACCGCACACUGUUGUGGUUAUGGGGCCGGGGUGCCAUGGCAUCCUCCCAGUGUAAGACGUCAAGCAGUUUACUAAUAGUUGGACAACUUAACCAGGGUUUGCUAGGCCGCAGUCACCUCCUCCAUUCAUAACCUUUCUUUAGCUCCCAUGAGCUAAGUCCUAUCGCACUUUGGCUGAAAAGGUCAGCUGAUCGCUUUCAGCCAGUAAGGUAAGCCCUGCACUGAUAGGCUAGCUCAGUGUAGACAGCAUCCAGCUCUCCUAAAGGAGGUGACUGGACCCCAGGUAAAUUGUCAAACCUGUUUUUUUGUGUCAUCAUUUUAAUUAUUUUUUUAGAUCCUUCUUCUAAUGUGUCCAAACCCUCGGAAGAUGUCUACUUUGUUGCUGGCUGUGAAGAUGUGGUUUUGUUGCAGCCAGGAGACAUUAAACUAGAUACAAACGGUCAGGCAUAUCCCAGUGGCUUCAGGUAUGUGUUUAUAAAUGGCUCGACUUGCUUUAGUGCCAGUGGGCUUGUAGUAUGGUUGUAUAUAUAUGAAGUUGGUUUUAUGUCAUGAUGAGUAAGUGAUAUCAGUCUGGGCCUUGCAUGAAACUGCUCUGCAAGAUAUUAGAAAACGGAUAUCUGCUUCCGUAGUAGUAGUAAAAUUCCAUUUAGACUUAUACUAGUGUUAACCAAAAAUAGACAUAUGAAAUAGUUCUAGCUAAAUAACUAACUAGUAUCAAUAUACAACUGUUCAGUUUAUAUCACUUAAAAAUAGAUUGGCAUUGCACAACAUGAUUGUUUUCAUAUUUUGCCACUAGAUGUCAGUAGACUAAUAACAAGGCAAUUUUUGUAUCAUUAGGACUGGAUUCCUUUCUAAAAUAAACAUUUAACUGGUUAUUAAACAGCUGUUCUCCCUUUGAUAUAUAUAGGAACAUUUCUAUUACGUUUCAAUGAUAUGCAGAUCUCUUACAACAGAUCUAGCUCACAAUGAAAGCUUUCCAAAUAGCCCUAAUCUUAGUUUAUAUUUUAUUUGUUUAUAUAAGGUCACAGGUCUCAGUCCAAUGUUGAUAUCUGAAACACCCCUGCUCACAAAGUGCAGAGUUGCUCUAAUCAGGGCUGCAGGGCUGUUCACCUGUCAGCUACCUCAUACUGUCCAACGUCACUGCUACUGUCACUAACUGGGUCAGCCAGACUGCUUCGGAUGGACACGUGGAGGUUCUGUGUGGGGACAUAGUUGGAUGUAUUUGAAAAUAUUUAUGCAGAUUUACACCAUUCAAGGCAUUAAUACACAAAAUGUUUCUGGAAAAGAAUAUCCCAUUGUUUCAUUCUUGCUGCUCUGCAUAUGAAGUGACAAUGCUCUUGAAUUGAUAUAAUUGUAAAAUGUUCUUGUUAUCAGCUGCCAAUGGCGAAUCAUUGCCCCAAAAGAUCAAGUCAUCAAGCUGGACCUCAAACUAUUGCAUAUGCCAACAGAAUCGAAAAAAAAGUGCUGUAAUUCUUUAGUGGUUUACGAUGGAAUUUCCAAUGGUAAAAUAUUGAAAGGUGAGACAUUAUUCGUGAUUUCUGCAUUUCUAAAGUAUAAAAAUGGAUGUUUCCACUUAUUGGUCAUGUAACUGAGUGAGCUCAUGCACAUCUAUUCCCGUGUACGUGUUAUACCUUGACAUCUCCGUAGAAAGCAAUACAUCUCGUGUGUUUUUCGUGAUAGCAUAUUUGCCUUGGAGCGACCAUGAUGCCCUCAGGGCCGGUAUUUUAUUGGAUUUUGCAUUCCUCAGGGGUUUGGUAAUUUUUGUGAGCUAACACACCAUCUGAGACCUACCUUCUGCUCUACUCAGAGACCAAUAGGGAGCAGAAUUUGGGUUAAAUUGACCGUUUUGGUUGGAGAGCAAUCAGAAGCAGUGAUAGUUAUUACAUUAAAGGUAAGUAUGUUAUAUGGCUAGAUUUGUGAGAUUAACAUUACAUUAAGUUUAAUUUAACAAUCAGGAACAGCAUUACAUUUUAAUUAAGGUUAGAAUCAAAUUUGGUGGCUAGGCUUACAUUUCUUACUAACCUUAAUCAUAAUUGUCAUAACUGUGGUUACAUUAAAACACUUUGCACCAGUCAAUCUAACCUCAGCACUGCAUCUAUCUAUUGCUGCUUGAACCUUUAGUGAAACGGGUCCAGAACAGUGGCUGAAACUGCCAAGGAGUAUGAAGUUGUGUGGAAUGCAGAAUUUAAAGGGACACUAUAGUCACCAGAAGAACUACAGCUUAAUGUAUUUGUUCUGCUGAAUAUAAUCAUUGCCGUCAGGCAUUUUCACUCCUCAGAUGGCCACUGGAGGUGAUUCCUGGCUCAGUGCUGCACAGUAGGCAGCACUGUCGUUUAGCGUCUCCACGCUCUGCAUGGAGACGCUGAAUUUUCCUCAUAGAGAUUCAUUGGUUCAAUGCAUCUCUAUGAGCAGGUGCUCAUUGGCCAAAACAAUGUUUGGCCAAGUCCCAUCCCGCCUUCUUUCUGAUUUCAGCCAAUCCAAUACUUUCCUUAUAGGAAAGCAUUGGAUUGGCUAAAAAUCGGAAAUUCUGAUGAUGUCACUUAUGAGUCGGAUCGGGGGUGGGGACAGUGUUGGCGGACCACGAGGCGCUGGAAAUAAGGUGAGUUUUCACCUUUUCUAAGAGAGGGGGGGCAAGCCACCUAAAUGAUGAAUUAAACACUAUAAGGUCAGAAAUACAUGUUUGUGUUCCUUUAACACCUUAAGGACACAUGACGGAAAUAUUCCGUCACGAUUCCCUUUUAUUCCAGAAGUUGUGUCCUUAAGGGGUUAAUGUAAUGCUGUAAAGGUUUGGUUGGCUACAUUGUGAAUGCAGUAAUUCCUGACAUAUGUGAAACAAUCAGUUGAACUGGAUGGGAGAUUUCCUUGUGCCAAAUCACAGCAGCCCUAACAAUGGUGCUGUAAAGGGAUUCUAUUGUGUUAGAAAUUCAAAGUUGUAUUUCUAACACUAUAGUGCCCUUUGGUCCCCCCUCCUUCUCAGCUGCAUCCCCCUCCCCCCCCAGGCAUAAAAAGAAUUAAAAAACAUUUUAGUCACUCACCUGAUUCCAGCUCUGCCUCCUCCGACAUCAUCCAAUGGUGAGGGACCUAAUGUGCAUGUGCGGCAGCUCAUUAGGCCCUCCCCAUUGGAAAGAAUUGCCUCAGCAUUUCCUGUGUGAUUUUCACUGAUGCUGGAUGUCCUCAUUCAGAGCGUGAGGAUGUCCCUGGAGUCUGUUAACAUCCAAGAAGUGCCAUUUAGUGCCUGUCUGACAGCCACUAGAGGCAGUCUAAGCCUUGCAAGGUAAUCAUUACAGUUUGUCAAAAACUGCAAUGAUUUAUACUGCAGGACUUAGGGGAACCGGGACACUGCGCCCAGAACACUUUAAUGAGAUUAUUGAUGUCCCUAUUAGAUGAGCUUGCUAUCUUUAUUGCGGAUCUAUGGCUUUCACUGUUCUUGCUGUCGCCACCAGAGGAGGGCUGCCAACUUUUGGCCUUUGGGGCAGGUACAAAGCAAUGGUUUGUCUCAUGUGGCAAAUGCAAUAUAUUUGUGUAACAGAUGGUGGAUACUGGAGUCACAAAGUGUGAAAUCUUAUAACCCAGCAAUCUCUAUCAAUAUGACCUGUGUAGCAUGACAGAUUAUUCAGAGAUCUGUGCAUGUCUAAGAGUCACAGAUUCUGAAUCCAUAACCAAUGACAACAAGCGAGUCUUAUAAGUGUCAUAGUCUAGCAGUCUGGCCACCCUACAUUCGGCAGUCCACCAUUAAAUAUCCCAGUGGACCAAUCCUGGAGAGCCCUGAGAUUUGUGACACAAGCCUCCACAGUACUGGGCUAGCAAAUACCCUUCACAAUUCCUGCCUGCUGUUUUACUCCUGCAUUGUUAACGGACCUCCAACAAUCCUCCCAUUGCAUUAAUCUGCAGGAGAAUGAGGCUGCUGCCCACAACCCCUCAAAGGAAGUGGCCUGUGGGGAGAUAGCACACCUACCACCUUUGCCAGACUUUCCCUAGUCAGCCCCAUACAUAGAAUUGGAGAAUUAGUGUUUGUUGUGGGUCUUGUGCCAGGAAGCACCAGUAUGUGACAUCAUUGAGCAGCCAAUGGCGAUGACAUCAUAAAGUGCACUGGAAAAACCAACUGGUUCCAGAAAAUAAAUUGGCGGAGACAUUAUUCUGUGUCAUUGUCUGAUAUAAUUCUCUGGAUUUAUAUUUUAUGGUUCCCAGGGAAGAGAAUGUACUAUAUUAUUCUACCAGCACGCAUUGUACGUCUUGCUCUGUUUCUGGUAAUACCUGAACCUUUCUUGUAUAAGAGCAGGUUUGAGAUAGAAUUGCAGUGAGAUUAUAUUACAUAAUCCAUUCCUGUAAGAAAAUGUUGUUUGUUUCAUAUUUUUCUUCUGAAGUCUUUUAAAACAACAUUUCUUUAACCAAUUCCAUUAGACACCAAAUAAUAUAUUUAUAUUAGGCGAAUGUCACAGAAACAGCCACAUGGCAAACAUUAGAUAGAUGUUCACUUCUUACUUUCUUUUUCCUUCCUUCCUUCUCUGAAUAUUCACUGCUCAUUUUUCUGCUGUUUAGUAGUUAAAGGGACACUGUAGGCACCCAGACCACUUCAGCUCAUUGAAGUGGUCUGGGUGCCAACUCCCAUCACCCUUAACCCUGCAAGUGUAUUUAUUACAGUUUUUAUAAAUUGCAAUAAUUACCUUGCAGGGUUAAGUCCUCCUCUAGUGGCUGUCUAUUAGACAGCCACUAGAGUGACUUCCAGGUUCUUAGACAACUUUUGGUCAUAAUGGUUUCCUAGGGGAGAUCCUACUGCGAGCGCGGCAUUUGCCAACGUAGCCGAACUGGAGAAAUUCUCUAAUCCAGCUAUACUUUCAGUUUGGCUACUUUGGCCUUGAAUUUGGAAAUCACUUUGGAUUCACUCACUUUGAACUCUCAGAAAACAAUGAGAACUUUUCCUAGAAGUGAACAUGUAUAAAAUAUAACUUUUAUUAAUAUAAUGUAAAAUACCACAGGCAACCGGGUUGUUGAUACAAUAUCAAACUCACCAUAGAGAGAGAUAGGAGUAACUAUACACCCAGUAAAUGACAGACUAAUAUAGGCUGGUGAAAGACAGACACUUAACAGAAAAUCUAUCUGAGAAACGAGAUCUAGAUUGUUACAAUUAUCAGUCAAUUAUCACCUUAGUAAAUAGCCAGGUUGAAAUAAAAGCAUAAUAGAGUUCGACUUCAUGUAGGAUCAGCGAAGUAACUGUACAUGUUUAAAGAUUUCAUGUUUUAAUAUUUCUAAAUGAAUUGGCUCUGCUGCUGAUACCAGGGAAUGUUGAUGCAAAUAAAUCUGUGUUGGGUUUCUUUGGAGUUCACCUGUCAUGAACCAGCACUUUAUUAUUGAACGUAGCAAAGUACUGGGUUAUGGAGACAGUGCCAAGUCUUGCUGGAAACUCCUCUUAUUUUAGACAAAGGGAUUCCAAUUAAGCGAUCUGCAGGGCAAAGGUAAAGAGGGUGAAAGUAGAAGAUAGACUUGGAUUUGGAAUGUUUGAAUUGCGAAUACAGAACUUACGCCUAAAGGGGUGUCCACUAAACAGUGAAUUGUGGUAAUUUUACAUAAUAUUUGGCAAAAUCAGUCUAGGGAAUAAAAAAUGGGCAGAUCAGUUCCAUAAAUGGGGACACAGCUCUACUCACAGCGUGGUAGUUUUAGCCUGAAUUUUGUCAUUUGGUUUUUAGUUGAAUACUCCGAAUUCUCUGUUAAAUGAAUAAACCAUUAUAUUUUUAUAAAAGCAAAGUAUUAUCACAGUGCUUAUACAAAGUGUGCAUGUAGUGAUUCUGGACUCUGUCCUCUAGAUAAACUAUGCGCUGUCUUUUGAAGGACUGAGUCUGAAAUGAUAUUGUUUGCACAGUAAAUUCCCUGUGUGUUCUCUUGCAGCCCAGCUAACUGAUGACAUGGUUCCGUGUACUGUAUGGUCUGAAAGUUCUGCUGUUACUGUAGCAAUCUCAACCAGCUCUGGGAAUCCUCAGCUCCAAUUGUUGCUGGUCUAUAGUUUCCACAGCAAGGAAUAA